UGGGAAGACAAAACCCCUACAUGUAAAUAUGAUGGGUUAACACUACCAAAGGAUAGAGGUGGAUUAGCAAUACCGGAAACUUGCCUAUAUUAUGUCUCGGUCCACCUGGCACGAAUGCAGCAAUGGCACCUAAAAACCAAAGGUCGGAAUGAGCCUUUAAAGAAAGAGAGGCCAAGAUGGAAGAGCGACUACCCUAUGACUGAUGGACAGCUGCGCAGCAAGCGCGAUGAGUUCUGGGACACGGCACCUGCCUUUGAGGGGCGGAAGGAAAUCUGGGAUGCUUUGAAGGCGGCUGCCUUUGCAGUGGAAGCCAACGACCAUGAGCUGGCUCAGGCUAUUGUGGAUGGUGCCAGCAUUACUUUACCUCAUGGAACUCUAACAGAAUGUUAUGAUGAACUUGGAACCCGCUACCAACUCCCUGUUUACUGCCUGGCUUCUCCCGUUAACCUCAUCAUGGAAAGAAGUGAGGAAGAUGGAACAGAUGCUCUAGAACCGGCCCCCAACACCAGACGGGAAUUCCAGCUUAAAGUCCGCCUCUCCUCUGGGAAGGAUGUUAAACUCAAUGCCAGCAUGCUGGAUACCAUUGGCCAGCUGAAAAAGCAGCUGCACGCGGUGGAGGGCAUUGAAACUUGUUGGCAGCGUUGGUUUUUUUCUGGGAAACUUCUCACAGACAGAAUAAAGCUCCAGGAGACAAAGAUCCAGAAAGACUAUGUGAUACAAGUCAUUGUAAACCAGCCACAAGAGACACAAAACUGAACUGGAACAAUGCCCAGCGAAUAUGAAUGUACAAUUCAAUAUAAGUACAAUAGGAGGGUGAGGGAAAGGCUGGCUGCUAGGUCUUUAUUUCCUUUCCUGAUGUCCACCUUCCCAAGCAUCAGUCUCUUGCUGAGCGGGGGGCUGUAUUGUGAAAUUCAGGUGGUGAGGUGAAUUAAGAAACCUCAAUGCUGCACUAUAUUUCCCUAAGUCUUUAUUGCACACACAAUCCCCCUCAGCUUAUUGUAUGGGCAGAUAUCCUCUCUUCCUCUUGAGUGUGGCAUUAGGUAGGGGAAAUCACUUUUUUUUUUUUUUAUAAUUGUUUUCUGGUUUUACCUUCAGGGGUGUGGACAGCCUUUGGCACUGCAAACCCUUAACUACAACUUCAAACAGCCUGCUGCAGCGGGGGCUGCUGGGAGUUGUAGUUCUGCAGCACCUGGAGCCGCAAAGGAUUCAACUGCAUUGAAUCACUAUUUCUUUCCACCUCCUUACUUCCUAAAAAGUCUUGCUCUACUUGCCAAGCCCCAGUUUAGACUCGGUACUACUGAUCCUACAGAACACCAUGGAGCUUUUUGGGUAGCUUUUUAAAUGUAUCACUCCAGUCAUACAAAUUAUAACGCAUACGAUAGAGAGACUGCAUUCAAGGACAUGUGUUUUUACCUUAGACUGGUAUCACUGCAAUCCCUUUAAGUUCUGUUUGGAUGAGGCUGGUGCCUGUGCAUCUGGUGAUGUUAGAGAGCAGCAGUGAACACUGGAUUAUUACUUUCAUGAUUGUUUCCUUACCACCAAGAGAGCUCUGCUGUUUUUGAUGUACUGGCUUCAUGUAACCACAACCACUCCUUUUGGUACUGAUCAGGUUCUAGUAGUGGUAGGGGGAGUCUGCUCCCUUAUGUGCAGUAGCACAGGUUAUCUUUGGGCACCUUGUUUUUGACUAAGCCAAGUGUACAUGUGUCCUAACUGAGACCAUUUAUGGUCCUUACAAUGUAAAAUAACACCUGCAAGUCUAUGCUUGACCACAUGCGAUUAGUUUUACAUGCUGACACAUUGGCUUUGGUUGGGGGCCCCAGCCAUUCAGCUUAAGCUAGGCACUAACCACUAUGCAGAGAAACCAGCACAUCCAAUCUAUGCAGAGAUGUUUUAAUGGCACAGCAGAUGAAAAGCCAGAAAUCAUUUCAGUUUGCCUAACUCAUUUAUUAUUGCCUGCAUGCCCUUAGGUCAUAGACAUUACACCUAUUAGUAAAGUUUAAACCAAUCUCCUGCCCUAAUGUUGCUUGUGAAAUGAUUGUUCCACAUCUCCAGAUACAGAACAUGUCUAUAAGUAGGGUUUAUCUCUAUUGGUGGCCUGCAUAGUGCGUCCAAAACACUCAGGGCUGGUUAAAAAAAAAAAAUCAGUGGGAAUAAAAAAUCCAUAUUAUUCCACUGAUAUUCUUAGUGUCUACAUGAGGGAUAGACAUCCUGUGCCCCUCCAGCUGCUGUCAAUCUAUAUCUCCCAGAAUCCCACACAAACAGCUUGAAUGCUUUAUGGUGAUUAACCUAGGCACUGUGGUCCCUUCCACUCAGAGCAAUAACAGGUUGAGAAGGGGAAUACUUUGUGCAGGAUCUGCUCCAACGAAUACUUAAUAGACAAUAAGUGGCUGAAUUAUUGAAGCCGCUAAUGAGCUCUGAAGCUGUAGAGGGGGCACUGGAUAUUUACGAGAGUAGGAUGGAAUUUUACAUAGUUACACAAACUCAGUCUGCAUAUAUGUGCUCGAUGCAGCAACCUAUGUCAGCCAGGUUGUACUGAUUUUGUCCUAGGGCUCCAUGAUGGGAAAAGUUGACUUCUGCUUUUAUGAAACAAAAAGAAACCCAUUGUUGUGCCAACUUCACAUGGCCAUACACAGUGAGGGUCAUUUAUCAACAAUGGGCAAAUUUUCCCAUGGGCAAUAACCCAUGGCAACCAAUCAGAUUGCUGCUUUCAUUGUUCUACUUGCAGCUGGCUUUAAAAAGCUAAUCACUGAUUGGUUGCUAAAGCUAACUGGCCAUGGGCAAAUUUACCCAGUGUUGCUAAAUGAGCCCCAGUAAGUCUUAGUGUUAUAUGGACACCACCUUCAUUUCUACAUAGUUAAGCCAAUAUCUGAAUGAACCCUACACAUAUACUGACUGGCAGGGCCGUCUAAAAAGGGAGCCUUGUAUGUAUUGUCUGGUCAGUAGCAUGGCACCAAUUGUAAAGUGCUUUUUCUAUGGUGUCUUGGCACGUGCAAGUUUGUGUGUUUUUGUACCCAGUGCUGGCUAGAUAACCGCUGCUGGAGGAUUCUGGACAUGCCCUUAAACAGCUGAAGGACUUGAGGGUUCUUAUCCUUGGCCUAAUUCCAAGAGUGGAUGGAUACCUGCAGCUGCCUAAUUUCUCAAUAAAGGAUGGAAAUGUUUUGCCCUCCAUGUGCCUACAUACAGACGUCCAUUUUUUUUUUUUUCAUACCCCAUAUAGAAUUUUAUAGCUUGUUUUAAUCAUUUUAACUGAUCAAACUGUGUUGCCUCUAGAACAAACCCAAGAAUAUGAGUAAGCAAUAAGAAAUCUAAAUCUGUUUUAAUGUUGCACCUUGUGCACAGGGGGUGAUAGUCCCUUUAGAUGCUGUUCAAUUACAACUCUGUAUAUUCCAUCAACUGACACAGGCCUGUGAUUGUUGGCGGGGAGUUGUAGUCCAACAGCUGCUGGAGGGGAUGCUGUUUUACCUAUCAAUGUCUUAUGAUAUUCUGAAUAAGCAAGUCUAUUCUUUGUAUUAAUGUGACUAGCUGAGAAUGCUGGAAUUUUUAGAGCCGCUAACGCUGGAGGGCC